AUGAAAAAUGAAGAAAACUGUUCAGAAGAUGAGAAAAAGGAACUUUGUGAUAGGUGCAACAACAUUCCAGCAGUAACAUUCUUCAGUAAUAGGGAACGAACACGAGGAUGGGAGUUGAAAUAUGGGCCGACAAAAUCGUAUCAGCUCUUUCAAGGUCGCAACGCAUUAAAAGAACUAAGACUAUCUGCAGCCAACGGCUGUAGUCUCUGCAAAUUGUUCCAGGAUGCUCUCGAAUGUUCUCAAUAUAAACCCGACGAGCAUCUACGAAGAUUCCCAGAAUACUGCGAUAGGGGAAUUUGGCUCCAAAGAAGGCAAGAACAGGAGACCACUUUGCAGAUCACUUUUGGCUCUCAUUGCGAAACGUGGCUUGAUGACCGGCUGAUUAUCCAUGAGGAUGAGGCUACAACUAGGUCUAUUGAUUCUCAAGCAUAUCUAACCGAAACUGAGUCGGAUUCUCCUGCUAAUUUUGCUCUCGCUCGCUCCUGGCUGGCUGAGUGCCGCAUGGAACAUGAAGACUGUAGAGAAUUACUAGAAUUCGAACUGCCUACACGGCUGCUGGAUGUUGCGGUGCCCUCAAAACCAGGCAUAGUUCGCCUUUGCUUCACAUCUGACUUGCCCGCCGAAGGAGCGGACUACGCAGCACUUACUCACUGUUGGGGUUCCAAUCACCCUCCAAAGACAACUAAGAACAAUUUGCAAAGUCAGCUACAAGGGUUUCCUGAAAAUCGACUUCCUCAGACCUUCUACGAUGCUGUGCGCACAACUAGGGAACUUGGUCUUCGAUACCUCUGGAUUGAUUCAUUGUGUAUUGUGCAGGACGAUCGAAACGAUUUUGAAGUAGAGUGCGCUCGAAUGAACACUAUAUAUACCAACGCUCUAUGCACAAUCGCUGCAUCUGAUGCCAGAGAUUCCAGAGAUGGGCUUUUCCAAUCGCGGACGAUGAAACCAGUUCGACUGACUUACGAGAGCGACGGCGUCGAACCAAAGUUAACAGUAACAAUCCAACCUUCGUUUGAAAGAGCUUGGAUGGGGCGUUUGCAAAGCCGUGGCUGGGUGCUCCAAGAACAACACCUGUCUCCGCGUAUCAUUUGUUACACGAAGAAAUGUUUGACGUGGGAGUGCAGAACUGCUACAGCAUCGGAAAAUCAAAAGAUGAUGCGUCUCAAAACCGAUGUUAAUAGGUUUGACGACGAGGAAGCCUCCCCUCUGCGAUUCUUGGAUGGAGGAAGAUCGAAACUCGGGCCUUCUGAGGAGAGUCGAAUGUGGGGACCCGAUUACAAAUUCAAGGAACUUCGAAGCCAUUGGUAUGGCGCUGUACAACAAUAUUCGCACUGCCGUCUGUCACACCUUGAGGACAAGCUACCAGCAUUCGCUGGCUUUGCAGCAGAGUGGAAGCGAAUUAAGCCAAAUGACGAAUACUUGGCUGGUUUGUGGAAAAGUGACAUUUUUAGGGGACUUGCGUGGUUCCCUGGCUUCGGGAAGGACGAUUUCAGGCGCCGCCUGCCCGAAUCUGAUGCAAUUUGGCCACCGUCGACCCCUUUUAGAGGCAUACCAUCCUGGUCCUGGGCGGCGUUUGACGGCGGUGUGGCUCAAAUUGGGGAAACAUGGCUCUCCGGGGCAUUUUAUGAUUACGAUUACAAACCGAAUACUUUUCAGACAAAGCUAAACGCUUCGAUUAUUUCUUCCGCUCCACAUCUCAAUAGUGCAACCACAACGACAGUUGGGCGGAAUCCUUUUGGACACGUGAGUCAAGGCAAGAUCACUGUAUCAGGUUGGUCGAUUGUCGUUACUUUGAGUGAAUCAGAAUUUGUACCCGGCGACCCAAUUAUAGGGGAAGGCCCAAAGGGGUACCAUCUGUCUCCAGAUCAUAGUGUGGAGUGUGGAAUGGUGUGUUUCGAUUACGAUCCUUUCUGCCUCCCGAAGAUACAAGUACGGCUUCUACAACUCGGUGCGGGCCGAGCUAUCAGUGGGGCCAGGGCAUGCGUAUGCGGGCUGGCUUUAAUACAGCUGAAAGGUGAGGAAUUGACUACGACCGAAGAUUUGUAUAAGCGAAUUGGCAUGUUUGAAAUCGAUCGCGAGUCCUUUUGGUUGCUAAGGAGAGAACGAAAGGUUAUUACAAUGAUUUGA